GGCCAUCAUAUUUUGCGAUGCGUGCCACCGAGUUCGACGAAAAAUACGGUUUCUGUUGCGAAGAAUGRAUGCUCAUGGUAUUUCUGUCCAACCGUUGUUGUUGCCAAAGUUUCCAUAGAUCUGCUACUACUUAGUACGAUGUAAAUGACUUGUGCAGCGAUGAUUGGUUGACUGACUGUUCCAUUCAUGYAUUCGACGAUCGAUGACGCUGUGUUUUGAUUUCUGCGCURCUGUAGUGAUUCUCGAAAAUAAUUCAUUGUCAGAGAAGUCCACUCUGAUAAUACAAGCGAUUGGUACGAAGAGAACUCGUGGUCUGCUCACGCUCACAUCGUCGUAGAAAGCGAUAGGCUAAUUAUUGCUGUUGCGCCCGACCGAGGCGUUGAUUCUGUGUCUGAUCCCGACAAGAUCUGGCUGCCGAACUCUUUGUUGUGAGGUUAGUUGGCUGUAUGUGUACUUGCAGGUAAAGGAAGCAACGCAGAAAGAGAAUUCAAUGUAGCCAAUAGUURCAAUCSAAGAGAACAUAAUACAGCYCACAGGAAAAGUACGCGCAGCARCAMCACUCAUAAUCUAAAACAAAGCACUCUCUUUUUGCCGACCAAUCGAAAGAAUGCCGAUGGUUUCGGCAAAACUCGUUUCGAAACUAAACAUCUUUUCUCGAAAACGGCACUUGCGGCACGUGCCCGUGCCUGAUAUCGAUAGCGACAGCGAGCCUAAUUGCGAAACUKAUGAUUGCGGAGAUGCAAAAAGUAGUGCGAAAGAARGCGCCCAAGAUUUCCGGACGAGGGGUUCUGCAAUUCUGGAGGCGAUCUCUGCCGAGGCGCAAGGAUUAACGACGACGAGUGUCACCAGCAGCACAACCACGGGUCAAGAUGAAAACAACGGCGGGGGCAACCAUAAAAGYACCAUCGACGGGAUUAGCAGCAGCGACAUCGAAAUGAAUUGGAAAGAAACCAUAGAACAAUWUCGAAGGCAGAAAAGGGAACAGGAGCAGAUCCAAAAGCAAACAAAAGGGGACGGGAACGAAGACAACAGGACGGACGGGGUAUUAAAUAAGGUGCAGCGGCUCAAACUCUUGAAACGGGCACUAGAGAGGCGACGAAAGCUUGACAGCAAGGGUUCGUUUGCCAUCAACAUGGUCACGUUGAGGGAUGAAGACGAAGCGUGCGGCAGGGAGGUCGCCAGGGGAGCUCGUAGCAAUCUUAAUUGCAACAGCAAGAAAAAUAAGUACAAAAAUUACAAGAACAGCGGUAAAAGCGGCGAAACGAUGGGAUGCGACGACCGAUCCAGAUCCACGAUCACGACAUCCGUAAGCAACGAUUUGACCCUCAAGGUGAUAGAYGAGGAAWCAGAGUAUUGYCCCGUGCCAGGAAAGAACAAAAAAUAGACAAUUCAUUUCUCCAUGCCAUGUCAUGCAGUUCGUUUGGGACAACAAUUUCCCCACCGCUCUUUUUCUUCUAAUUUAUGAAGUUACCAGAUUCAUUCAAUAACAYUACCAUUUCUAAAAUAGUAUUAUACUUCAGCAUCUACUAGCGACGCAUUUCUGGGUAUCUUACGGAAUUAAACAUAUUUUGAAACG